AUGGAGCCAAAGUUUAAAAAGCUGGGUAGUUCUUUACAGGUGCCUAUUGUGCAGGAACUGGCCAAGGAGAAAUCAACCGCUAUUCCACCAAGAUACCAGCGUCCUAAUCAAGAUCAUCUCAUUUCCUCCUUACCUGAAAAUCAAAUUCCUGUGAUUGACAUCCAAAAGUUGAUGGAGAAAGAUUCAAUGGAUACAGAGCUUCAAAAACUGCACACUGCGUGCCAAGAAUGGGGUUUCUUUCAGUUGAUCAACCAUGGGGUUAGCUUUCCAAAGGUGGAGGAAAUGAAGUUAGAAAUUCAAGAAUUCUUCAAUCUCCCAAUAGAGGAAAAGAAGAAGUUUAGUCAAGAAUCAGGGGACAUAGAGGGUUAUGGACAGGCCUUUGUUGUAUCAGAAGAGCAAAAGCUUGAUUGGGCAGACUUAUUCUAUAUAAUCACCUUACCAGUCCACUUGAGAAAGCCUCACUUAAUUCCCAAGCUUCCUGCUAAGUUCAGGGAUGCAAUAGACGAAUAUGCCGUAGAAUUGAAAAACCUUGCCAUGAAAAUCCUAGACCUAAUGGCUAAAGCUUUACACAUGAAAGCUGAGGAAAUGAACAUGGUUUUCGAAGAAGGGAUGCAAGCAAUGAGGAUGAAUUACUAUCCUCCCUGCCCCCAACCGGAGCUCGUUACUGGCCUUUGCCCCCACUCUGAUGCAGUUGGACUCACCAUCCUCCUCCAAGUCAAUGAAAUUGAAGGUCUUCAGAUUAAGAAAAAUGGAGCUUGGAUUCCUGUUGCACCACUCUCUAAUGCUUUUGUUAUCAACAUUGGAGACAUCUUGGAGAUUGUGACGAAUGGAAUUUACCGAAGCAUUGAACAUCGAGCAACUGUCAACUCAAAGAAAGAAAGGCUCUCCAUUGCCACAUUUUUCAACCCAAAUAUAGAUGGUGAUUUAGGUCCAGCACCAAGCCUUGUGACUCCAGAAACUCCAGCAAAGUUCAAAAGAAUCAGCUAUGUUGAUUAUUUGAAAGGAUUAUUUUCGAGGGAACUUGAUGGGAAAUCAUACCUCGACGCCAUGAGAAUUUAG